UAGAUGCUCGCCCGGAUUUUGCAACAACCUCGUCUCCCGAGCGGCUUAAACGGAGUGUCGCGCGCGCUUUGUGUAAGUGAGCUGCUCGAGACCCUUUUUUGGCCAGAGUUUGACAGUCCGACAGUCCACAUCAACAAGUACAUGCACCCGCAGGCCGCUAUCGUGGAUGCUUCCGACUUGGAGGAGGACUAUUUUCUCUCUGGGAUCAGGAAGCAAGCCGCAGACUCUCGCAUACCGCUAAUUGAGCUGCCCGAGAAUGCGCACUCACGGCUCUCUUGGAUCACACAGCUGGACAGCUCCUCCUUGGCAGCUUGGGACAAGGUUCGCAUCGACAUACUUGUUCAAGCGCCUCCGUCAGGCUCGGGAAGCCUCAUCCAUCUGCUGAAGUCGUUGUCAGCGGCCGACUUCUCGGCAGGCUCAACCCCCCACCUAACAAUUGAACUACCGCAUGGCGUGGAUCGUGCGACAACUGAGUUUCUCAAGACGUUUCAGUGGCCACCGGGGCGUUCCAACAUUCCAUCUCAUCCCCGGCAGCUCACCCUGAGACAUCGUAUACCGCGGGAUAGUUUGACAGAGGAAGAGAGUGCGGCGCGAUUCCUCGAAUCGUUCUGGCCGAGCAACUCGAAAUACUCUCACGUACUUGUCCUGUCGCCCCAGGCUCAGCUGUCACCCCAGUUCUUCCACUAUCUCAAGUAUUCUGUUUUGUAUUACUUGUAUUCGGGGACCGCCGCUGCACAGAAAUGGGACUCUAGGCUUUUGGGGAUAAGCCUCGACCUACCUUCUACUCAACUGGACGGCUCGAAGCCAUUCAACCCCCCUUCGGGAAAGGGAGCGACCUCAUUUAUCUGGCAAGCCCCCAAUAGCAACGCUGUGCUGUUUACGGGCCAGAAAUGGACCGAGCUACACGCGCUUGUUUCCCGUUUGCUUGAGCAUCAGCGCAGGACGCAACCACUCCCUGCCUUUUUCACCGAAAAGCUCGUCAGCAAGAAGUAUCCCUCAUGGCUGGAACAUGCCCUGAAACUCUCUCGUGCCCGAGGCUAUUGGACCAUCUAUCCGAGUGACGUAACGGCCAGGAACCUCGCUACCAUCCAUAGCGAGCUUUACAGAGCACCGGAGGAGUAUGAGAAGGAACUGGCUGGAAAAGAACUAUCCAAAAGUUCCGAGUUUCCUGUCUCCGCGGGGACGCUCUUUGAGAUCCUUCCGGGUGGCAAGUUGUCAUCAUUCGACGAGAUGCCUAUCCUGCUUUGGGAUGGGCAGAUCACUGCGUUGUCCGGCCUUGAUGAUGCUGCGGCAGCCUAUGCAAACGAGUUCAGACUCGCGGUAGGGGGUUGUGAAGCUUUGUCACCCGCGGACUUGACGCGGAAGAGCUCCAUGAGUGAUUUAUUCUGCGUGAUGGAUGGCUGAACAUUCCGGCGUCGCUUGAGAGAAAUAUUGGAUGUUGUCAUGUGCUGUACAAGCUGUGUAUUGAAAGUGUAGGCAUCAGCCUAAAAAGCGGUGGGUACAAUGGUUCUAUGGAGCAUAUUCAUUAUGUCACUCACGUCAGGGUCAUCCGCUGGACGGGCCUUGGAAUAUCUCCCAAAGAUGACGGCAGAAACAAGAGCAAACAGUAACAGAUUGUUUUGGUUACCAAAGUCUCAUUCAUCCGCCCUCUCGUUCAACUUGUUGACCACUAACAGCAGUACGCAUGCGCCAAAGAUAGAUAAGGCUAUUGCAGCCAUGACCUG